AUUUCUGCUUUCCAUUCCGAUCCUGAGAAAUCAGAUUUGACACUUUGCCAUGUCAGUAUCUCUUAACAUUUGCGCAACAUGUUUUUUCAGCCAGCACUAAGUCCUCCAGUUGACAAAAAAGAAAACCACUAAACCUGGAAGCAGCAUGGAUACACAGUUCGUCUACGACCUUUUAGGGGAAAAUGUUUGGUUGUACAUCAGCGGCACCCUCGUGGCUCUAUGGAUUCUCGUGUGGCUGUACAGAGACAGCCUAGAGAUCGAGGACAUCACGGAUAAGUACGUCUUUGUGACCGGCUGCGACUCUGGGUUUGGAAACCUGCUGUGUAAGAAGCUCGAUCGCAAAGGUUUCCGCGUGCUGGCCGGCUGUCUCACAGAAAAGGGGGCCGAUGACCUGAAGAGGGUGGCGGGGCCUUAUUUGAAGACCGUCCUGCUGGAUGUGACCAGUCUGGAUAGCGUCCAGAAAGCCAUGGAGUGGACCAAGAAGGAGGUCGGCGAGAAAGGACUUUGGGGUGUUGUGAACAACGCCGGACGCUCUUUACCCAUGGGCCCUUCAGAGUGGAUGAAGGUGGAGGAUUACCACAGCACGCUGAAAGUCAACAUGAACGGAGUGAUUGCCAUGACGAUGACCUUCCUGCCCCUCAUCAAAAAGGCACGAGGCCGCAUCGUGAACGUCGCAUCAGUGCUGGGCAGGGUGGCAGCGAACGGCGGUGGAUAUUGCAUCUCCAAGUUUGCGGUGGAGUCUUUCUCCGACUGCCUCAGGAGGGAUAUAAGCUACUUUGGAAUUAACGUGUGCAUCAUUGAGCCGGGCUUCUUCAAGACCGCAGUGACGAGCCUCGAUCCCAUCGAGAGGGAGCUGCAUCGCCUGUGGGACCAGCUCACCCCUGAGGUGCAAGCCAGCUAUGGAGACAAGUACCUUGAUAAGUACAUCAAGGUCCAGCGUUUGAUCAUGGGUGCUGUCUGCGACUCUGACCUCAGCAAAGUGACUAACUGCAUGGAGCACGCUCUGACGGCUGCCUACCCACGCACCAGAUACAGUGCCGGCUGGGAUGCCAAGCUUAUCUGGAUCCCCCUGUCUUACAUGCCGUCCUGUGUGGUUGAUAUUGGGCUGAAGCUGGUGCUGCCUCGCCCUUCAAAGAGCGUGUAGCUCGCGAUGUCUUUGAAGAACUGUCUUCAAAGUUAUCAGCCUUUAUGUGUCAUUUUGAUGCCGUACAGAGUGUGACUCAAAGAAGUAAAUCUUUUGCCUUUCAAAAAACCCAUACUCCUUAUCGACACUGGCCAUGCAGUGAUCUGAUGUUGCAAUGAUUAUAUUUAAAGGUGCAUAAUCUGCCACGUGAAUGAAUUUUUUUCUUGUCUGACGUCUGCUUGAGAUAGAGACAGAAAAUAACGAAACUGUAUUGUACAAUUGACUGUUUCUUUGCCUGACUGUGCCUUUUGACACUGUUAUUUAUGUUCCUUGGGGCGAAUGCUGUUAACCCUCAGAGGCUAAAUAAACAAGAUUUUACUAUCAAUAAACAGUCCUCAGAUUUCAAAGGU